AUGAGCAGCAUCUACCAGGCCGUGGCCGCGGACCUCCGCGGGAAUCGGCCCAGCCGAGGAAACCCCAUCGUACAGAACGACCGGAGCUUUCGAGACGACGGGAAUAUCAAUGCAGACAUCGAGAAGCAGCGGCAGGCAGAGGCGCUGAUCCGGAAGCAGGCGCGCAUGCAGGAAGGCGGACGUGGAGGUGGCUACAACGAUCGACAGGACAUCGCCACCCAGAACAAGCGCGCGGCAGAGGCGGAGAAUGGCUAUGAUGACUUUGGGCGCCGGGUGGUGAACAAGCGCGAGGGUGACAAGAAGCAGCGUGCACAGGCGGCUCUGGAUCGACUCCGCAAGAAGACGUCAGGUGUUGAGGAGGAAGUGGCGAAGGUGGAGGCUGCAAAGCCCCCACCACGGCGCUCACGCUCGCCCCAACGCGAGCGCGAGCACUCGCGCUCGCGGUCCAAGCGGCGCUCGCGGUCCAAACGGAGGAGCAGAUCUCGCCGCAAAAAGCGACGUCGUUCGAGCUCAUCCAGCAGUUCUAGGUCUUAA